AAACUUAGCACCAAUUUUACGCACUUACAGAAUCAUUACUUAUCCAAUCUCACAGUAGUAAUCUACUUCUCCCCGUAGAUCUAAUCAACCUCCAUAUACAUAUGAGCUAUUUAAAAUUAUCAAAAUACUCCUGUACGAGAAGAUUUAAUUUCGAUUUAUUUGCGAUUUAUCACUGCCUGUUUUUUUUUUCUUUGUUUGGUAUGUAUAGUAGCAAUGUAAGGAUAAAGCAACGAGUUUGUAACAGAUAUUUUGCAAGAAGCCUGCCUAGUGCGUAGUUCCUUAAUGGACGUCAUGGUGCUGUAACGUUAGAACAUCAGUCAAUUGAAUUAGUAAUUAAUGUUUUGUACAGCUUUUUAAUUAAUACACUUAACGCGUUACUCUUUUUUUAGUCAUUAUUAAUUAUUAAAAGUAAUAUGCGCGCGUGAAGUCACUGCCAAAUCAGUUACAUUUGACAAUAGUCCCAAUUCAAGCUUAGAAAACGUCAAAGUCGUAAUACCCAUAUACGUGUAUAUGACAGUUAUAUAUGACAAAACAUAUGUAAAAUGUUUGUACUUAUGUCUAAGAUUCUAUAUCUAAUAUAAAUAUUUAAAAAAGAGAUAUUUCAUGUACGAGUGAUCGUUUAUAUAUUUAGUGAGUGGGGGGACUAAUAUCAUGCUAUACAAAUAAAUAUUUUUAAAGCAAAAUUAAUGUAAUAAGUUACACAUUGUAGCUUAAGACGACAACGUUUUAUUCAAUUUCACCACUUGUAUGUUGUUAAAAAAAGGUAAGUUUUAAGAUAUAGACACAUUAUUUUUUUAUAUAACACAUAUUUAUCUUCUGAUGUGUUGCUUAUAUAUUUUGUAUUUUUACAUGUAUACUACAUAUAUGUGUGCUUAUGUAAACCCUUCUCCUCCCCUUUCCUUGUUUAUAUUCGUAUAAUUAAUAGUUUUAGAAAUAAUAACUAUAUAAGAAAUAUAUUAAUAAAUACAUUAUUUGCAUGUACCUCUCAUCUGCAAGUUAUAACAGAUUUUUCCAAAAAAUGCUCCGUAUUUAAAUAAACUUUAAUUAACAUUUUCUAUAAAAAAGAGUAAGACAAAAAAUAGAACUUUAUAUUUAUAUUUUACGCAAUACACAAGAAAAAAUAAAAGUGUGCAAGAGUAUGUGCCCCCGUUGAGUUUUAUAAUAAAAAUAAACUAAGUAAAAACACACAUACAAAGGAAUAAUUAAUACGUGAUAUAUAUAUACCACGUAUGAUAUUCGCUUAAAGUCCUUUCUGCGAAUGUGCAAUAAUACAUUCUUUUACAUUCCAUAUACCUAAUUUUAGGCUUAAGGUAACCAUGAGUUUUAACCCUACGGACUCCGGGGAUGGAAUCUUGAUGUAUUGUUCUCAAAAUGACGAAGGCCUCGGAGAUUUUGCAGCGCUCAUAAUAAAGGACAAGCACAUUGAAUUCCGCUUCGAUAUCGGCUCCGGAAUGGCAACCAUAAGAUCACCUUAUGCAAUCCAACCUGGUGUAUGGACGUACGUAACGAUGAAUCGAGACUUCAAAAAAGCCAAAUUGUCAGUGAACAGCGAGCCAUUUGUGGAAGCUGAAUCACCCGGAGCUUCCAGAACCAUGAUCUUAAAUACACCUCUUUACAUCGGAGGAGUGGAUCGCAGAAAAAUCACGAUCAAUAGGAACGUUGGUGUCGACCAUAGUUUUCGUGGAUGUAUAAGCGAACUCGAAGUUUUGUCAGUCAGUUUGGACAUAUUGAAAUCAUCGAUUGACGCAGCCAAUAUCGAGAACUGUUCGAUGUCUCAGCUGAAUCAGACAAUAAUGCAUACUACUAUCACAACUUUGGCACCAUCUACUCAGCCGCCAACAACAUUGUUCGAUCCUUGCGCAUGGAACCCUUGCAUCCACGGCAUAUGUCAAAGUUCAAAUAUGUAUGAUUAUUCGUGUACAUGCGAAUACGGAUAUGUGGGCAGAAACUGUGAGAAUGUAUUGAAGCAAUGCGAAUUACUUACACCGUGUAAAAAUGGGGGUUCUUGCACCGAUCUUCACGGAUCUUACAAAUGCGAUUGUCGCCUCGGUUACAACGGACAGAACUGCGAAAAGUUGGCAGAGAUCACGUACGAUGUUGCCUUCAAAGGAGAUGGCUGGUUGGAACUAGACAGAUCUGUUAUGACGCACGAAGAAGAACGUGAAGUUUUAGGCCUUGAAAUCAGUACAAAUAAGAGUAACGGACUGAUUAUGUGGCAUGGUCAAACCUUGAAUGAUCUAACACCCGAUGAUUACAUCGCCGUUGCUGUAGUAGAUGGAUACGUAGAGUAUCAGUACAAUUUAGGCUCCGGUCCCGCUGUAAUUCGCGUCACCGCUCAGCGGGUCGAUGACGGAGAACGACAUAGAAUAAUUCUGAAACGUCAAGGAAGCGAUGGUAGCAUCGAAUUGAACGGCGAGCACACCGAGAGCGGUGUAAGCGAUGGACUUCAACAGAUCUUGAACGCAAGAGGUAGCGUUUACUUGGGCGGAUUGCCGGAUUACGCGAUGGCUUACGGAAGAUACCAUGACGGAUUCUCCGGUUGCAUUUACACUUUAGAGGUACAAGACUCAGGGGCUAUCGAUAUCGGCGAGAAGGCUAUCAGAGGAGUAAACGUAUCGCCGUGUACGAGAGUAAGAUGGAUUCCAUCUUCACUCGUAUUCACAGACGCAGACGCAGAUGUAUUCGAUGCGUUUGUCCCACCGCCACCGGUGAACAUUAUUCAUCCGAAACCCGCGUCCAAUCUGGCCGCGUGUGACAUAACGAGUUAUUCAUUGUUAAUUAUACUUCAAAAUUUGAUUGCUUUGACUAGAGAUAUUAAGGAACAAAGUGUACUUUUCGCGCUAUUAUGCGUAGACGCAAUUAACGUUUUCAAGGGCUUAUUAAGCUAAAUAAUAGAGUGUUAUAUAAUACUACAUAAAAUAUAUUCUCGAUCUAACUUGUCGGAAAUACAUGUUUCUCUUUAGACCAAGAACGGCGAUUAUUAAAUCGAACACCAAUGUAUAAUAUUUUAAAAGAUAUGUAUUUCCACAAGUUUGCAUACGAUAUGUAUCUAAUAAAUUUGUAAAUUGUUUAAUGCUUAACCGACAUAUCGGAAAUACUGCGGCGAAACUACGUGAUCGAACUGAUAGACCUCCCACACGUGGUGACCUCAGCUAAGAAAAUGAUCUGCAUCUGAAAAACGUUAUUGCGAGUUCGUAUUGUUAUACAAGCGGUAGUACAGUUGAUGUAAAUGUUGAAUCUAAAAGCCAAAAGUAUAGUCAUUAAAUUUUUCAUACAUAUCUAAUGUUUUGAAAAAAAACAUUACAAGAUAGAGGAUCAAAAGCAAAUCUGAUAUCAUAGCUAAUCAAACGUUGUCAGAACAUUAAGAUAUAUAUAACAUUAAAAGAUACAACUUUUCGAUUACGAUAAGAGAAUAAUUUUGUGGAUGGGAUAUCCUGCUCAUAUAAAAAUCGAAAAGUAACACACAUAUUUAACCAAUAAAGAAAUACAUGUAUUUCUUUAACUCUACGGUUUGUAAACGAUUUUCAGUGAGACAGAGCGUGAAAGAUACGAAAGUGACUGUUACUAAACGAGCAACAAAACAAUUUUAUAUCCGUAGAUAUACAGAAUCCAUCAUGCAUUAAUGUAUCGCUAUCG